AUGUGGAGUAUUGUCAAGGAAGUUGGCAGAGGCUACCAUAAAAACGUGCUAGAGCACUAUGCCAACCCCAGAAACGUGGGCACAUUUGCCAAAACCGUGGCUGGGGUGGGGACUGGCCUGGUUGGGGCGCCUGCCUGCGGAGACGUGAUGCGGCUUCAGAUUAAAGUGAAGGACGACGUCAUAGAAGACGUAAAAAUAAAAACAUUUGGGUGCGGGUCCGCAAUCGCAUCUAGCAGUCUGGCGUCCGAAAUGAUAAAGGGAAAGUCGAUAUACGACGCCAUGAACAUCAAAAACACCGAGAUAGCAAAGGAGCUGUCUCUUCCUCCUGUCAAGCUGCACUGCUCGCUGCUUGCUGAAGAGGCCAUCAAGGCGGCAGUGGAAGACUACAUUUCCAAGAAGGGCCUGGAGUAG